GAGUGCAGUGUGGUCUCUUCUUUGGGGGGCAGGAAUGUAAAUCCACGGGGAUUAGUGAGAACACAUCGGGCUGUAAACCCCUCAGUAGCUCUCCAAGGGGUCUCUGCCUCAGUGCGUAAAGUUAGGAAGGCGCUCCGGACGCAUUGCGCAGCGUCGUAAUCCUGCAGGCUCCAUGUGCGUCACAUCUGCGGGAUGCUUGACAAGGAUUUCUGAUAUUCUGAUAGCACAGCCCACGCGGGUCAAUGGCAGAUGAAAAAGGUGUUGCUGUGCGGAUGUUAAUGUUUUUCACUUGACGAAACCAUCAGUCCCGUGGCGCAGAAAAGGACAUGGGUCAGAUUAAUGGUGCGACUCUUUUACCUCUGGGGGCAAUUUGUGCUGUUUUCCUGUGGGAAUCUGGUGCCAGCUCCAUCAGGACAACGUUCUCCGUGGACACAUCGAGGACAACGGAGUGUCCGGAUAACAAAAUCCUGACUGUGGAGUAUCCUUGUGUCAGAGCUGGCGGGAAGAAUGGCACUUGUUUAAGGAGAAAGUGCUGUGACGGGUUCAGGUUUGUGAUGGGACAGUGCAUACCUGAAAGCGUGGAUGUUUGUGCCGCCUCCCCCUGUGAGCAGCAGUGCACGGAUAACUUUGGACGGGUCGUCUGCACAUGUUACCCCGGAUAUCGCUUUGACCGGGAGCGACACCGCAAUCAUAAAUCUCCUUACUGCCUCGACAUCGAUGAGUGUGAAGCCUCCGGUGGUGAUGUGUGCGACCAUGAAUGCCUGAACACCAUGGGUACCUUUUUGUGCCGCUGCCGCAGUGGUUACAUCCUUGCAUCCGACCAACGCUCCUGCAUCCCCGUUCACAACUUGAGCUCCUCUGGGAAGUCAGACACCUUGAUGAGUGCUGGCACGUGCUCACUGACCUGCCAGGACUUCAUGAACAUGAAAAACAGUCUACUUCAGAUAAAACUGCGGCUGGGAAACGCGCCGUCAGCAAACCAGGUUCCUGGUCUGGCCAACAGCAGUGAUAAACCCUCCCUGGGACGUGCAGGAAAAAGUCCAGAUAGCCCAUGUCUUCCUGGGCCCCCAGGAGCUCCUGGGGUGCCAGGGCACCCUGGGGGGCCUGGAAACAAAGGAGCAACUGGGGAAAGGGGUCCCCCUGGCCCUAGAGGUCCAAGGGGAGACAUGGGGCCAAUGGGACCAGAGCCUGACCUGAGACAUAUAAAGAGGGGUCGCAGGGGGCCAGUGGGACCGCCUGGAGCACCAGGAAGAGACGGACUGAAGGGAGACAGAGGAGCUCCAGGUCUCAGAGGUCCACCUGGACCACCCGGCUCCUUCGACUUCCUUCUGCUCAUGAUGGCCGACAUACGCAAUGACAUCAUCGAGCUGCAGGAGAAGGUGUUUGGCGAGCGGCGAGGCCUCUCCCUGGACAGUCCUCAGUCCAGCGGGGAAGUGUACCUUGAAGAGUGGGGUUCUGGAGAAGAUCUGACACUCAACACUUGACCUUCAGGCUGUCCAUGAUGGAGAUCCAAUAUAUCGAUAAUUCCUCUAAUCUGAGACGAGCAGGACAUCGCGGCUUGUUUGAACUCUUAUAACGGUACAUACAACAAUGAAACAGGGAGACAUGAAGAAAUCUCUCAACCACUGCAAGCGUUUUUUUGGAGACCUUUCAUCUGCCUUGGAUGUCAGUGAGCAGCGUGCGUGAAGGACUUCAGUGAAAAGCGAGCAGCACCAGUCUUUGUGUCUGAACCUCAGAACUGAACCACUUCAAAGGUUAUCAUCUGCAUCGCUUCCCGCUCUUGGGUUGAGCCGUGGAAACCCUGUUGUGUCGGUGGGUUAAAACGGGAGCAGAGAUCUGCACCUGCCUGCAGCGUCCGGCUCUGAAGUCUGAGCUGUGCAGCUAUUCUCUGAGGACAGCUCAGAAAAUCAUUCAUGAGAUUCAUGAACUCUGUAUUGUUAGGUGUUGUACAGUCAAAUAUAGCAGACAACCUUCAUUUUCUAUAAAGAAAAUACAUUUGACAUAAGGAACAGGCUGCUUGUGGCUGAUAUGUUACUAAAAAAAAAAAAAAGAAACGCAAGCUGCAUCAUUAAACAAGUUGUGACGCCCAAUUUAUAAAUGGGAGUCCUAAUAUAGUUGGAAUGGCAGCUUUGCCAAACGUUUGUUCUCACUUCCUGCUGAAAAUCUGCAGGGUUUCUUUUAAAGGUAAGAAUAAAAAAAGGAAAACAUUUUAAUGCUGGUAUAAUACUGUCAUGUGGAUCUGCAGGAGGACUUGCCCUGAAGACAACUCAUCCAGACAGCACAUGUCGAUGUACAACGCCAUGAAAAAGGAACCUAAAGCAGACAUUGGAAGCAAAUAUGAAAAUGCUGAUGACCUUUCUCCAAAAUUUAAUAAACCACGGGCUAUUUAUUUUAAAAAAAUGUGUUUGUAAUUUAAAAAAUUUUUUUUUACUUUCUACAGAAACAGUUGAAGUCAAACUUUUUUGUCAAUUGUUGGUUUGUGGUUCCUAUUUUACGUUCAGCAGCUGUACUUCAGAUGUAAGCAUUUAGUCGAUUACUGCAAAAUGUUCCGACUGCAUCAUGAAUUUACCUCUGACAAAGUAAAGUCCACUGCAGUUUUUAAAGAAAGGGAAAAUUGCAUUUUUCUUUUCCUGGUGACUUUUCUCCUCAAAAUGUUCAAUUUUUUUUCAGAGGUUUAAUCUUUUAUCAACUCUACCCUUAGCUAAAAGUAGUACUAUUGAAGCUUAUUUUAUUACAGCAAGUAUACUUAAGUUCAAGUAUAGUGAGUAUAUAUAUCCAAUGUACUUGUAGUGCAGGAAAUAUACUAACUGAAUACUCCUUCAGACUAAAUUGGAACAACGAAAACAUCUAGAUAAUAUUUAAUAAGUAAGUUUCAAGAAUAUUGCCUGUAAAUUUGUAGUGCACUUACAUUUAAGUUUAAGGGAAGUUUACUUUAUUGUAAACUUAAAAUGUUCCAAUUAAAGCUGAAGAAGUAUUCAGUUAGUAUACUUCCCACACUAUACAUACAUGGUCUAUAGUAUACUUUCUAUACUUAAAAUUCUACUCAAGUAUACAUAAUAAAACAAACUGCGUGUUAUGUUAGGCAGAACAAGUUCCAAAUAUUUCAAAGCAUCUCGACCAGAACGUUGCUUGGAUCAAAGACAGCUCCUUUAGUCUAAUGUUGAUGGUGGAGAGGAUGUCAACAUCCUGCGAUUUCAAAAACAUAGAUGGAGCUGUUUUCCCUCACACAGUGCAUGAUGGGUAAAAAUAACAAAGUUGUUUUAUAGAUAAAACCAAGGAUGACAAAUGUGUUUUAGGUUUAGAAAAUGUUGGAAUGGAAUUGCUUUCACAACCUUCACUCAACACAGAGAAGUAUUUCCUGUUAAAUGCAUUUGACUGUCAAGUAAAGCAGUGACUGUGAAGGGGGUCAAAACAAAGAACAAAAAACGAGGAGCAUGUUUGUCCACCAGAGGGCAGCAGCAGUGGAUCAGCAUCUGGAUGGAACCUGCAGAGGGAGGAUCUAAUAAAACCUUAUACAUUUCUUUUCUGAAGUGAAUUUAUUCACUCAGACUCUUUUUUUUUUGCAUUGCAAUAAUUAAUAAACAAAUAAGGCAAAAUAAAGAGGGUAAAUGCUGCAUUUAAUUCUCUCACUUUUAGUUUGUUUUGUUUAUUUUCAAGGAAAUGUGGAUUUGAAGGAUUUCAAUAUAAAUAUUUCAUGAUAUGUAUUUCUCUUUGGCAGUAAACUUAAUUAACUGCUGUGAUAACAUAUAUCCUAAAUUUUGAUAUCCAUGCCCAAAGGUUCACACAUGUGCAUACCAGGCCUGAAGAGGUUAAUUGGUCAAAAUACAUCAAAAAUAAUACUUAAUCAUUUCUUAUUCUACAACCAAUCUUCAAUAAAUGUCAUAAAUCAGUUCAGAAAAAAACAAGAGCACAAUUUAUUUACUUUCCACCAGCAGGUGAUGCUAAGUCACAGACUAUAUUACUGAUUCAUUCAGUUUUGUAAAUGUUAAGGUCUUUGUUUUUAUGUUUAUAAAUUGUUGUAAACUAUAAAACCAAGUGAGUUCACCAACAUGAAUAUUUUAAACAACAAGAAUCCCAAUAUGGACAUCUCCUUAAGCCCUUAAGGUUUUAAGUUUGUGAGUUGUGUUGUACUUUAAUAUAAUUUGAUGAUAUUUUGUUGAUAUUUGGAACUUGACUCUGUAAUAAAAAUGUAAUAACAAUUUUAAAAAAUAAUAAUGAACCCCUCUCUAAAUACGAUAUUUUAUUAGAUGUGUUCUGAAAUGGAUGUGUAUAAACUGAGAUGAGUGGUAGAGCUGGAGUUUUAUCAGAAAAUGAGACAGAAGACCAGCAGCAGCCAGAGAAAAUUUCCUUUUUUUGUGUGUUAAUAUUCUUAUAAAAGUAAAGCAUUUUAACUUUUUGUCUGUAACCUGCAUGUAACUUUAUGUAUGUGGUCCCAUAUUUUUCCUUAAAUUGGUAAAAAAAAA